GGGAAGGUUCCAAAUUGUCUUCCUAAGUCUCUCUCAGUGUUGAAUUUGCAGGCCAAUUACUUUGAUGGAAAUAUACCCUUUGGGUUUCCAGAGGGCUGUCGAUUACGAAAUCUCAACUUACAUGGAAAUCAAAUGGAUGGGCUAUUACCAAGGUCUUUGGUGAAUUGUAGCAUGUUAGAGGUUCUAGACGUUGGCAACAACAACAUAGAGGAUACAUUUCCUCAUUGGUUGGAAUCUCUCCCAGACCUUCAAGUGCUUGACUCAAGGUCCAACAAGUUCCACGGUUUUGUGCAGAGCACCAAGGAAAGUCCAUCUUUUCCCAAGUUACGAGUUCUGGACCUCUCCAGCAAUGAUUUUCGUGGCCCUUUGCCUGUUCAGUGCAUUGAAAACUUUAAAGCGAUGAUGGACCCUCAUGGAGAGGAUGGUUCCCCUAAAUACAUGAAGAUGUCGAUGGGAGCCAAUUCUUAUCAAUAUUCACUGGUUGUGACAUGGAAGGGAUUGGACUAUGAGCUGCAGGGAAUCUUGACCGUAUUCAGUAGUAUUCAUCUCUCAAAUAACAAGUUGGAGGGAGAAAUUCCAGAUGUUAUUGGAAAGCUUAGUUCUCUCAAAGGGCUUAAUCUUUCUCAUAACAACCUUACUGGUAAUAUCCCACCGUCACUAGGGAAUUUGACGAAUCUGGAAUGGUUGGAUCUCUCUUCCAACGUGCUGACAGGGAAAAUUCCUGAUGAAUUGGUAUCUUUGACACAACUCUCUGUAUUGAAUCUUUCAAAUAAUCAUCUUGUCGGACGCAUACCACAGGGCAAUCAGUUCAACACCUUUGGAAAUGGUUCUUAUGAAGGAAACCUUGGACUGUGUGGAUUCCCAUUGUCAAAAUCUUAUGAUGGAAUUGGAACACCGCCGAGCUCCUUCCAAGAAAAAGAUGAGUUGUGGAGAUUUGGCUGGAGAGUUGUGGUGUUAGGCUAUGGAUGUGGAGUUGUUUUUGGACUGCUGAUGGGAUAUCAUGUCUUCCGAACAGGAAAACCAAAAUGGUUUGUGUCUUUGUUUGAUGGCCGACCAAGUCAAAGUGGAACGAAGAUGAGGAAACCCAGAAGACUUGUUCAAAGAAGAAGGUAGUUGCAGAGUUGAUGUUUUAGAGCUUCUGAUUUAAUGUUUCCUGAAUAAGUGCUUUUCGGGUUUGAAGUUCUUGUUAUGGCUGGCAUUGGCUUGCAUAAAAUUGUCAGCCUUCUCUUGUCUUUAUUAUGGUUUGUAAUUUUGUCUUUCUUUAUUGUAAAAUAUAUUGAGAAAGUGUUU